UUGCACAUAAAUUUGAAACACACACACACACCUACCUACACAUAUACACGAACACACAGCCAUUGGUGUGAGGAAAUUACUGCAAAAUGAGUGAUAAUACUCGGUCUGUGCCCUUGGCCGAUUUUGUUGAUCCACCGAAGCCUGAAGAGGAGGAAUCAUUUGUCCCCUUGGCAGAGGUAAAAAAAAUGAAUGACCUACCAACAACACCGACCACGCCCACUGGGCCGGUGACUCCAUCAACGCAAUCCACACCCAAUAGCACACCAAAUGAUGGUGUGGCCAAGCCCAUUGCAAGCCAAUCGAAUGAUAACAGCAUCUUCUCCAUAAUCUAUGGAGUGGGCAAAAAGGUGGCCAUUGUGGGCUCAAUUUAUCUAGUCGGCUAUAUGGGUUGGUCGGUGGCCUGGCUUAUUGCACCUGUUAUUUUGUCUGUGGCCCGUGACCAAUUGGCCAAGACAUCGGAGAAGAAGCGAGAUAUAGCCAAGGCAUCGGCUCUGGCCUCCGAAAAGGAUGUGAUAUUGGCUCGUAUUGAUGAAUUGCCCGCCUGGGUCUACUUUCCCGAUGUGGAGCGUUGCGAGUGGUUGAAUAAGAUCCUUAAACAGGUUUGGCCCAAUGCAAAUCAUUUUGCCCGCACUCUGGUCAAGGAGACCAUCGAACCUAAUGUGGCUUUGGCUCUAUCCAAUUACAAGAUGAAUGGUUUUCGUUUUGAUCGCAUUAUUCUUGGUACAAUUCCACCACGAAUCGGUGGUGUUAAGAUCUAUGAUAAGAACGUAGAUCGGAAUGAAAUCAUUAUGGAUUUGGAUCUAUUCUAUGCCAGCGAUUGUGAUAUCAAUUUCUAUUUGGGUGGCAUGAAGGGUGGCAUCAAGGAUUUCCAAAUUCAUGGUUGGGUUCGUGUGGUAAUGAAACCUCUGAUACGUUCCAUGCCGUUGGUCGGUGGUUUGCAGAUAUUUUUCCUAAAUAAUCCCAAUAUUGAUUUCAAUUUGGUGGGUGUUAUUGAUUUCAUGGAUAUGCCGGGCUUGAGUGAUCUGUUGCGUAGAAUAAUAGUGGAGCAAAUUGGUAAUGUAAUGGUUCUACCCAACAAAUUGCCAAUUUCCUUGAGCGAAGAAGUGUCUGCAGUGGCUCUAAAAAUGCCCGAACCAGAGGGCAUUCUGCGUAUUCAUGUGGUUGAGGCCAAGGAUUUAAUGAAAAAGGAUAUUAGUGUUUUGGGUAAAGGUAAAUCGGAUCCCUAUGCCAUUAUCAAUGUGGGAGCUCAAGAGUUUAAAACACAAAUUAUUGAUAAUAAUGUGAAUCCCAAAUGGGAUUACUGGUGCGAGGCGUGUAUUUUUACCACCAUAGGACACUUUGUUGGUUUUUCUUUGUGGGACUAUGACCAAACAAUGCCAGGUGUACUGGCCGAUGAUUUAUUGGGCAGAGCCAGCAUCGAUAUAGCCAGUGUAAUCCAGAAAGGCGUUGUGGAUAGUUGGCUAACUUUGGAAGAUGCCAAACAUGGUCUCCUCCAUGUACGUCUACAGUGGUACAAACUCACCGCAGAUCCGAAUGAUUUGCAGCAAAUACUUUUGGAAACCAAACUUUUGCGUAUUACCACCAUGAGCUCGGCCGUGUUAAGUGUGUUUAUUGAUUCUGCACGUCAUCUGAAGCAAGCACGUUCCAGUUCCAAGCCUGAUCCCUAUUUGGUGUGCAGUUUGAACAAGCAGAAGCAACAAACGGCCAUGAUAAUGCGGGAUGAUUCUCCAGUUUGGGAGCAAGGAUUCACAUUCUUGGUCAGCAAUCCAGAUAACGAGAGCCUAAACAUUAAGAUCUAUGAUCAGAAAACAGGCAAUGAUAUUGGCCAAUAUACUUAUACACUGAGCACUCUGCUCAAGCAGUUCAAUAUGGAGGUUAUUCAGCAGCCAUUCCAAUUGCAAAAAUCUGGACCGGAAUCCAAGCUAUAUAUGUCAUUGUCAUUGAGAAUCCUACAGCCUGGAGAAAUUGAUAAGGAAUCAGAUACUUUGGAGCAAGUGGCGGCACUUACCCGCUCAAGCAGCACAGGAGGAAAAGCUACUGAAGUACCAGUGCCUGUCAUAAAGGAAUCCCAAAUAGCUGGCAAACGUUUGUCCACUGAAUCACCCAUUAGCGAAGAAGAUUUAACAGUGCCAACGAGAAUCUCUCCGGCUUUAUCGGCCUCAGCAUCCAGUGAGUUGCCCAUUGCCGAACAACAGCUAAUCUCGUCUUCUGGUUCUGGCUCGGUGUUGACUCAUCGUUUCCCCGAUACCGUCUCAACGGCCGGCGAACAUGGUCUGGGCCGUAUACAGCUCUCUCUACGCUACAGUGCUCAGCGGCAGAAACUGGAUGUGACCAUACACAAGAUUGCGAAAAUACCUUUACGUGAUCCCAGCAAUAUACCAGAUCCGUAUGUGAAAUUGCAUUUGCUACCUGGCCGCAGUAAGGAGUCUAAGCGAAAAACUAGCGUCAUUAAGGACAAUUGCAAUCCGGUUUAUGAUGCCUCAUUCGAGUACCUGAUAUCCAUAGCCGAGCUCAGGCAGACGGCUCUCGAGGUCACGGUCUGCACUCAGAAGGGUUUCCUAUCGGGUGGCAGUCCCAUUAUUGGCAUGCUGAAAAUACCUUUGGAUGACAGUGAAAUAACAACUCAGACUGGCCUCAAUACCUGGUUCGACUUGCAGCCAGAAAUGAGACAUGAAUGAAUAUAAAUUAUUAUGAAUCUCAUUCAGCAAAGGAAUCUAAAUCAUCUAUUUUUUACUUUAUCUUUUGUAUUCUAUUUAUAAUUUUCAACAAAAAUUGUGAAAUUUUUGACUCUAUACUGAGCAAAAGAGAAAUGAACACUCUUAUUAUUAGUCGUGCCUCUCUAUUAUCUUAACUAUCUACUCAUUGUAGUCAAAUAAAUUUAAAAACUUGUGUUUUGAACAUCUGAAA